GGUGUGCCAUUCGUCAUCGUCCGAUUCCAAAUCAGGAUCAACUUUUUCUUCCUCGAGCAGCCCAUUGAGGUAGAAGUCAGCCAGGAAGGCUUGGAUCUCAACGAGCGACUGCAGCAGGACUCCGAGCAUGGAGCCUAUCACGUCGUGGAGCGAGGAGAGAGUCGGCGAGUGGCUCCAAGGUCUGGAUGGCCCCCUGCAUCAGUACCCGAUCUCUGAGUGGCAGUUGUCGGGUCUGGAUCUGCUCCAGCUGACAUCACAAGACCUGGAAAAGUUGGGAGUACAAAAGAUUGGACACCAAGAGCUCAUACUGGAUGCUGUGGAGAAACUCUGCUCUCUGACAUAUGGUAUAGGUGGGGAGAGCCUACGCGGUCUGACAGAGAACUUGCGUGCCGUUGCCCACACCCUCCAGAUGGGCAUCCAGGGCCGCUGGCGCCUCAACACCUAUGAUGGACGCAGCACCACCAAGCUGCCUGCUGCCAUUCUGCAGAUUGUAGUGGAGCUCCUCACCUCUGCCAAAGGACUCUUCUCUUUGCUCAACAGGUAUCAGUUUUCCCAGCUCAGUGGAUACACCAACAGCAAGAACAUAUUCAACUACUGCAGAGAGCUCGGAGACAUUGUCCACAAGGAUACCACUGUCUAUGAAAAGGAAAAGGACAUCAUAUCUGUAUGCCGUCAGUUGGUGUCAGUGUGUGAUGAGAUCCUGAAUUCCAGUCCUGAGGGGCUUCUUACCCACACUGCUCAGCUCGAGAGUGUCGACCUAGUGCCCGUGUUACCUGGUGAUCAGCUGGGGAUUGAAAUAACAUCCACCGGCUCCAGUAACCACUUCGUGACUGGAACUGCUGUUGAGCCUUCAUCGGAUGCCUAUUUGAAGAUCUUGGCUGGUGAUGAAGUGAUUCAAGUCAACGACCAGAUAGUGGUCGGCUGGAGCAGAGCUAACCUUGUGAAGAAGCUUCGAGAGAAUCCCAACGGAGUGACUCUGGUCCUGAAGAAGAUCCCUGGGUUAGCCCGACGCAGAAACCCAGUCCAGCUCUCCUCCACACAGAAGGAGGAAGAAGAGGAGAGGUCACAGGGGGAAGAGGACGAGGAGAAUCCGAGGCACUCCAUAUUUGAGAGGGUAGCAGCGUCUGUCAGGUCCCUGUCUUUUAGGAGAGCCAUUCAGGGGCCAGAGGGACCUCAGCGGCCUAUGGGACAGGAGGAAUCAGAGUUGUCCACUCACAGGGAAGUGGAGAGACUGACUCUCACUUCAUAUCAAAGCCAACAGGGGGUGCUGUCACCACUGUCAGCCUCAGGGGAGUUUGAGAGUUUGAGAAGUUCAAGGCUCUCCCCAAGCCUAAGACAAGACCAGUCUCCGUCACCCAGAAGUCCUUCUGCCUUUAGAUUUGACAGAUUGGGAAAUUCAAAGCUCUCCCCAAGACUAAGACGAGACCGGUCUCCGUCACCCAGAAGUCCUUCUCCCUUUAGAUUUGGGUCAUUGAGAAGUCAUUCACCUCAGGGACUCGACCAGGAAACAGCCAUCAUCAGUUCCUGCCCGGAAAUGGUGGGACACACGGGCAAUAAGGACACGAAGAAGAGCUCUACAAAAGGAAUGUCGACGGCGAUGAGUCGGCGCCGCGUCUCCUGCCGCGAGCUGGACCAACCCGACUGCGACGGCUGGCUGUGGAAGAAGAGAAAGGAGAGCGUCUUCAUCGCCCAGAAGUGGCAGCGCUUCUGGUUCGUCCUCAAGGGGCCGAGCCUUUAUUGGUACACCAGCCUACAGGAUGAGAAGGCAGAGGGUUUUGUCAAUAUCACCAGCUACAACAUAGAGAGUGCUGGAGAGCACAAGAGAAAAUACGUGUUUAAAAUGUGCCACCAGCGGUUUCACAACUUCUUCUUUGCAGCUGACAAUGUCAGCGACAUGAGCAAGUGGAUUAACUGUCUGAUCACAGCCAUACAUCAUCACAAGAAGUUUAACACAGGCCCAGAUAGUGAAGAAGAAUGUUAUAGUGAGACUGAAUCAGAAAGCGAGACACCACCUUCAACCCACAGAAGAAACAAGAAAGUGCUGUCCCACACUCUGCCUCGCCCCAAGGGGAGGACGAACAUGCCAUUAUCGAGUCUUGUGACAGGGGGCAGCAAAGGAACAGAAGGAGGACCAGUGGAUGAGAUGGGCAUGAUGUUAAACAACAUAAAGGAAGGAGGAGUCUCUCUGAUCGGCCACGAGCAGCCGAUUACACACGACCACUUCAGGAAAUCGUUCAUUCGACGCAACAAGAACCCCAUCAUCAAUGAGAAGGCGCACACGCUCCGGGCCCUGCAGAGCACUCUUAAGGCCAAAGAGGUGGAGCUAUUGCAGCUCAACAAGCUCUUAGAGGACUCUGAUCUGUCAGCUUCAAAGUAUCGCCAGUGGAAGGAGCAGAACGAGGAACUAGUUCAGGAAAUCGAGAGGCUGUCCGCAGUCAAGGCCUCCGAAGGACCGGACAGCGCGGCCGUGCAGGACACGCCCACGGAGGAGGUUGCCUUGGAAACUGUCGUAAAGGAAACAGCCACCGCAAAAUCAGAAGGCGCAUACAGAAUGAGCCUCAGCGACGGGGAGCAGUUGGUGGAUGCGGAGCCGUCCGACGUUCUCCUCGAGAUCCCACAGGGUUCUCUGAGCACCAGUCCAGUGUUAGAACUCUCUCUGGGAUCGCUGCAGGAUUCAAUAAAUGAACAGCUGAGUGAAAUGGUGGAGAGCGGAGAACCUGCCGAGAACUACUUCUACAUUUAACGCUGGAACGGUCGCAUCACUGCCAGGUUGCUGUGUUUACUGGAAUCGGUCAAAUGGAAGACGUUCAUGCAACCAAGUGACAGAGGUGCAUUGUCCCCUGCUGACAUUAGGAUUAGUCAGUGACAUGCACAUAUGUAGAUUUAGACCUAGCUUUGUUCACAACAAUCAAAUAUGACAAGUUUACAACAAAGAAAAGAACAACAUGCCAAGUAUUUAUGGUAUUGUAAGGCCGUCUGGUUCUUCUAAUGAUAGAAAGUAGAACUUCUCUUAGAAUUGAAAGAGAAUUUGUAAUAUAAGUCAUGCCUCGUGUAAUGUGAUAUGUAAAUACAGUUCCACUAUAAAUACUGUAUGUAUUUGUUUAUUGACGUUGCCUUAAUAAUAGGUAUACAUUUGAAAUAUUUUGCACAGAAAAUUUGCUUCAGAAACACUGUCGUAGCCUCGUUGGUCAAGGUGGGUUUUUUGAAGCGUUGUGGAGGACACGUUAUACUUCCCCACAUAUAUGGACAUAUGAACCAUAUAGUCGAGCUGUAUGACAGCUGUGUGUUCCUAAUUGCCCAAGGCCGCCACGAACGCAGCAAGACAAGUGAAGACUCCUCAAUGGCUGAGACGUCUGUUCACUGUAAUAUUGAUCGGCUUAAUAAAAAGGUAGCGUGAUUUGUUGCUAAAUGUGAAGUGUCUUUUUUUUGAUACAUUUCCCAAAAAUAUGUUGCAAAAAUCCAGUUUUCACUAAGUCAUUUUGCUGUGUUGAGUGUAGAUUGAUGAGGGGGGAAAUCAAUUUAGAU